UUCCUAGAGCGGACUCGGAAGUGCUCUCGGGGGUUGGAUUUAUGGCUCAAGCCCGUUGGACAGAGAAAGCUUGGACUUGCUUACUUCCGGCGAGGAAGUGGUGCGAAGUGUCGCCUUCGGUUUUCUCUCCGUUUGUGAAAAGACACCCAUCUCUCCAGCCUUGAUUGCGGGAGCUCGGUCGUCCAGGAGAGCUCCCCGAGGCUGGAGUCUUGAGGAAAGGGCAUGGGCAUUGUAUCCAGACGGGGGCCCUAUCCCUAACCUUGACCGGGCCGUUCUCCCGUGUGUACGGGGUCAGGGUCGAUUCCGAGAAAUCCAGGUCCAAAUCUGCCCUUAUUAUCCUGUUUCUCUUCGGGACCAAUGAAGUCUGCCGUUGGUCUGUCAGGCCCUUCUGGCUUGAAAGGCAGGACCAGUUUUGAUCAUUGUAAUGUUUUUGACCCCUGUUCUGACUUAAGUUUGACUUAAAGGUAGAGAGAAGGAGCAACUGCGACUGGACUAGUUAGUAAGUCUUGUCCUAUUAAUAUUCUUCACCAGUAAAAUUAUGUUGGUUGGGCCUGAUGUCAGAUUUUUUAUGGCUCUCAUUUACAUUUUUUUAAAUGUUGGAAAUACGUUAAGCUGAAUUGUCCAUAUUUUAAAUGAAUUACUCUGUUGAGUGGUCAUCUUUAGUAUACAUGACCUCUAUGUCACCUCUUUGCUAAUAAUAAUUUCCAAUAUAUCAGUAGGUUGCAUAAUAAUGAACGUGUCCUCCAGAAGAUCCUAAAGAGGAAAACAUUUGAUCAGUGUAAAACAGCUAAAGGGGAGAGACAUCCUUCUGAGUUUGAAUGAUAAUGACAGAAUCUGGGGAAGUCAUAGACUUGGACCCUCCAGCUGAGACUUCACAAGAGCAAGAAGACCUUCUAAUAGUGAAGGUGGAAGAAGAAGACUGCACCUGGAUGCAGGAGUACGGUCCGCCAGUGUUUGAGACUUUUUACCAGCGCUUCAAGCACUUCCAGUACCAUGAGGCAUCAGGCCCCCGGGAGGCACUCAGCCAGCUCCGGGUGCUCUGCUGUGAGUGGCUGAGGCCUGAGCUGCACACCAAGGAGCAGAUCCUGGAGCUGCUGGUGCUGGAGCAAUUCCUGACCAUCCUUCCUGAAGAGUUCCAGACCUGGGUGAGAGAACAUCACCCGGAAAAUGGAGAAGAGGCUGUGGCUGUAGUAGAAAAUAUACAGAGGGAACUAGAGGAACGCAGACAACAGAUUGUGGCAUGUCCAGAAGUCCUUUCUCAGAAGAUGGUGCCAUCAGGAGCUAUGCAGGAGUCCCUCCAUCACCAGCUUCUUUCUCUGGACCCCCAGCCUGAACAAGAGCCACAGAAGCCUCAUCUGGAGGAAAAUGUUUCUUCCCUUCCCUUGGAGGACAGCCAGGAGCUGACAGCCUCACUUCUCUCAGCUGGGUCCCAGAAGUUGGUGAAAAUUGAAGAUGUGGCUGAUGUGGCUGUUUCCUUUAUCCUGGAGGAAUGGGAACAUUUGGACCAGUCCCAGAAGUCUCUCUAUAGGGAUGACAGGAAGGAGAAUUAUGAGAGUAUUACCUCCAUGGAUUGCAAGUCAAAGAAUGACAAUAUGGAACUCAUAGUAAAGCAGAUUUCUGAUGAAGCCAAAUCGCACUGGAUGACAUCAGGAAUCACUGAGAGAAGUGUUGCCCAAAGUCAAGAAUUUGGAGAAGUUAAUGACCUUCGCAGCAUGGUAGAAGGGUGGCAGGUAAACCCCAGUGUGGGGAAGUCAAGGCAGAACCCUUCCCAGAAAAGAGAUCUUGGUGCCAUCACAGACAUUAAUUGUAAGCAAAACACAAAUGCUGAGAGAGGUCACAAAUGUAAUGAUUGUGGUAAAUUUUUCCUUCAAGCCUCAAACUUCAUUCAACAUCGGCGAAUCCACACUGGAGAAAAGCCGUUUAAGUGUGGUGAAUGUGGGAAAAGCUAUAAUCAGCGUGUGCACCUUACUCAACAUCAGCGAGUCCACACUGGUGAGAAACCCUAUAAAUGUCAGGUGUGCGGAAAAGCCUUUCGUGUGAGUUCCCACCUUGUCCAGCAUCACAGUGUGCACAGCGGAGAGAAACCCUACGGAUGUACCGAAUGUGGGAAAAACUUUGGUCGGCACUCUCAUCUGAUUGAGCACCUGAAGCGUCACUUCAGAGAGAAAUCCCAAAGAUGCAAUGACAAAAGAAGUAAGAAUACAAAAUUAAAUGUUAAGAAGAAAAUUUCAGAAUUUUCAGAAGCAGACAUGGAACUAUCUGGAAGAAUCCAAAAAAAUGUUUCUCAAGUUCAAGGUUUUGGAGAAGGCAAGUUGGAUAGAAAGCAGGGAAUUCCCAUGAAAGAGAUAGUAGGACAACCCUCUUCAAAGAGGAUAAAUUUCAAUCAAGUCACAUAUGUCCACAAAAAAUCCUCCACAGGAGAGAGACCACAUAAAUGUAAUGAAUGUGGAAAAAGCUUUAUUCAGAGUGCCCAUCUUAUUCAACAUCAGCGAAUACACACUGGAGAGAAACCAUUUAGGUGCGAUGAGUGUGGGAAAAGCUAUAAUCAACGUGUGCACCUAACUCAGCAUCAGAGAGUCCACACUGGUGAAAAACCCUAUACCUGUCAUUUGUGUGGGAAAGCGUUUAGAGUAAGGUCCCAUCUUGUUCAGCAUCAGAGUGUGCACAGUGGGGAGAGACCCUUUAAAUGUAAUGAGUGUGGGAAAGGUUUUGGGAGGCGUUCACACCUUGCUGGGCAUUUAAGACUUCAUUCUAGAGAGAAAACCCAUCAGUGUCAUGAAUGUGGAGAAAUCUUUUUUCAGUAUGUCAGCCUCAUUGAACAUCAGGUGCUCCACAUGGGUAAGAAAAAAGAAAAAAAUGGCGUUUGUGAGGAAGCAUAUAGUUGGAAUUUAACAGUGAUUGAAGAUAAGAAGAUUGAGUUACAAGAGCAGCCUUAUAAGUGUGAUAUAUGUAGCAAAGCCUUUAAUUAUAGUUCUGACCUUAUUCAGCAUUACAGAACUCAUACUGCAGAGAAAACCUGUAAAUGUGAUCUAUGUAGAGAAAAUGUUGGCCAGUGUUCUCACAUAAAACAACGUCAAAAAACCUAUUCUAACAUGAAAUCCUAUCAAUGUAAUGAAUGUGGCAGAGGCUUCACUCUGAAGUCACAUCUUAACCAACAUCAGAGAAUGCAUACUGGUGAGAAACCCUUUCAAUGUAAAGAAUGUGGAAUGAGUUUCACUUGGAGUUGUAGCCUCUUCAAACAUCUGAGAAGUCAUGAGAGGACAGAUUCCAUAAAUACUGUAAGUGUAUAGAUGUUUCUGUUGUAGCACGGCUCUUACUCAAUUUAGAGAAAUUUUCCUGAAGAGAAAUCCUGCUUCUAUGAUGAAUGUAGUAACAACUUCAGCUUAACCAUAAAACCUCCAGAUACAUAACUGAAAUCCUUCAGUUAGAAUUUAGGAACACUGGAGAACAAGAAAUAGAUAAUUUGUUUGCUUUUCCCAAGGAGAAAUGCUUUUGUUAGCAUCUUCAUGCUUGAGAAUGUAGACAAAAGAGAACCCAUGGUGCCCGGCUGGCGUGGCUCAGUGGUUGAACGUUGACCUAUGAACCAAGAGGUCAUGGUUCGAUUCCUGGCCAGGGCAGUAAAAAAGAAAGAGAGAGAGAGAGAGAGAGAGAGAGAGAGAGAGAGAGAGAGAGAGAGAGAGAGAGAGAGAGAAAACACCCAUGGAUAUGAUGGGUGAAGAAAAACCUUCAAGUAGCACUUAUUCAUUUGAAUGUCAGAUCAUUGACACUGGGAAAGCCUCAUGGAUACAGUAGAAAUAAGCGUUGUUUGUAAUUUCUGCCUUGACAGCUUAUCUAUUCAGGGACGAGCACAGGUAAAGAAAGAGAACUCUUCAGCAUGAUACUCAUUUUGGUACCUCAGCAACGAACCUUCCCUAGAAAUGGUUGUCCUGGCCAAUAGAAGGCUCCAGUCCUUGUUCCCAUCAUAAGUAUUAGACCCUUUGAAAAAAAAAUUGACUUAAGGUAUUUAUAUUUUGGAAAAAUUGGGUUCAGUGGCCGAAUGGUAUGUGUUCCUAUCUUAUUCAAUCUACAACUUCUCCAUGAAACACACUCUACUUUUUUGGUUUUGUUUUGAUUCUGUUAUCAUCAGAUUAGCUAUUAUAAAGAGGAGUGAAGUUUUUCAAUUCAGUAGAAACUGUGUUGGUUAGUCACAUAUUGAGGGGAGGGGAGCAGGACCUUAGAGGAAUAAAGAAGACAGGCCAAAUAGUGGACUUCUUUUUUUCUUCUUCUUUUCUAUUACCCACAACAGGGUAUCUAUGCACAUAGAAUUGUGGUUCCGCCCUGGCCAGUUUGGCUCAGUGGAUGGAGCGUGGGUCUGCAGGUUUGAUUCUGAUCCCAGGUUUGAUUCUGGUCAAAGGCACAUGCCCAGGUUGUUGGCUAGGUCCCCAGUGUGGGGCGUGUAGAAGGCAGCCGAUCGGUGAUUCUCUCUAAUCAUUGAUGUUUCUGUCUCUCCCUCUCCCUUCCUCUCUGAAAUCAAUAAAAAUAUAUUUAAAAAGAAAAAAUAAAGAAUUGUGAUCCAAGCAAUAUGUAUACUAAUUCCCCCACAGGAUAAUGACAUGUAGAUUGAGUUUCAAUUUGCAUUGCAGCUGGAUUUGAAAGUAAACAGUAAUUAGGAGCAGGAAGGUCAUGGUCUGGGUAGGAGUUGUGGGCAAAAGAAGAUGACAUGGAAAAAGGUUUAACUUGCGUCUGUUUGCUAGAGAAAGGGAAAGAGCUUUUGGGCACUGCAGAAGUCCUGCUUCUGCUGCCUGCCUAGCGUACAAUAAACAGCAAAUUGAACUUGUUGUGUUGUACACUGGUGUCCUGUCCAGAUUCCUCUAGCCAAACUGGCACACCUAUCCACUAAGCUGCCCAGAGUUGAGGCUGCUAAUUGCUCACAGCUCUUCCCUUCUCCAAAGAUUCUGGAGACUUGUCCUCAGAUGGUGGGAGCUGCAGCAUCCAGGAGUUUAUCUGCCGCCCCCACUCCAGCCAGUGACUGACUGAUACGGAAGUACAAAAGGUUGAUUCACUUGCCUAAAGCAGGGGGGUACCUAUAAUGUAGUUUGUUUCCCAGGCCACUCUUUGUGGAUCAGGCUAAGGCUAGACCUUGAGACUAUGUCCGUGCUCCACUCUUGCCCUCUUGAUCUGUUUCAUUCCCUCUCGCAAACACUUUUCCUGAAGAGCAUACCCUUAACCAAUCAUGAGGUUCUGAAUCCCUGUUUUAGGGAACCUGAUUUAGGACAUUUGGUGCUGUGAGCUGUCCUAGGAGGUUGACCACUGAGGAGGAUGACCAUGAGGCAAUGAGGACUCCCUCACUAAUGGCGUGUGGUGGUCGUUCAGUUGUGAGACGUUCACUGUGGUGAACUGGGAUGGCAUACAGGUGGAAAGGGAUGUACUGACUUGGAUAAACUUUGGCGAAAAAAAUGAAAAUAAUAAAAGGAUUAUGGAGAAAAUUAAAAAACAACAACAACAAAAAGGAUUAUGGAAUUCUUUCUGAAAGUCACUGAUUGCCAGGAGAGAGAAAAUGACACACUUGG